GAAAAUGCUGAAUUACAAAAUGCUUUACAAGCUUUGGAAACUAACACCAGUACUAGUUUCCUGUCAUCUGAAAAUGAAAAAUUAAAUGAAGAUGCUUCUGAAAAAGAUGUAUUGUCAACAUUAGAAAAUAAUACAGAAGUUGAAGAACAAGAACUUUCAUCUCAAGACUGCGUUCUUGUCCAGUUACAGAAUGGAAUAGUAGCUUAUGGUAAUAGAGAAACAUUAGAAACAGAGUGGGAUAACAUUGAAGAAUAUUGUAAUAAGAAAAAUACUGUAAAUGAAAUUUCACUGUUAACAGAAUUAGAUGCUCAGUACAGAGAUUUAACAGAGAAGUACGAUUCUUUGAUUAGUUCAAGAAAACAGGUAAAUUCUGAUAUUACAUCAUUCUCUGAAAUAGAAGGUUUAGAUGAUUCUCCAAAUUCUUUUAGUGUGACAUCAAUGGAAUCAGAAAACAUCAAGAUUCCUUGUAAUUCUUUACCAUAUCAAACUAAUUGUAAAUAUGUAGAUAUAGGUGUUCAGACGGAAAUAAGUGGUGAUAUAAAUACAAAUCAUUCACAUAAAAAGAUUUUAAAUUUAAAUUCAGUAAAUCCAUUAAGUGGUCAUUUUGAUCAUAGUUGUCCAACAUAUAAAAAAUUGUUUGAAGAAAUAUUUAGUAUAUUGAAAAGAUCACUACAGGUUGAUGAAACAGAAAAAUCUGAUAUAAAAAGUUCAUCAGAAAAUGAUAAGCAGGUUUUUAAUAAUGAGGUGCCAAAUAAAGUGACAAUAAAUCCAAAUUCUUGCAGAAAAUUUACAUAUGCAGAAGUUUUGUUGAAUGGUAAAACGAAACAAAAAGUAAUUCCAUUAUAAAAUUUGUUAAUCUUGCCGAUUUUAUAUUAAUUUAGAAUCUGACUCCUGUCUUAAUUUAUCUUUCUAAUAGUAUUUAUUUAUUUUUUUAAAUAGUUUAAAUGAAAUAGACAGCAAAAUUAGAGAGAUUAAUUUAUAAUGGGGGUUUUAAUUUCACUCUCCAGAUGUUAUAUAUAACAUCUAAUUAGACACUGAUAAUAUUUUAUCAUUAAUUUAAACUGGGACCAAUUAAAUACUAUUGGUAUUUAAGAUUUUUAGGAGCAUAUUAGCAGUUUAACACAUUGAAAACUAGAAAUGUAAAAUACUAAAUGCCACAAUGCAUUUGAUUUUUAAAAAUUGAAUUAAAAAUUUUUAUUCUUGAAUUUUAUGUAAUUUUUAUUUUCAGUUUUUAAAUUUUAUAGUUAACAAUUUUUAUAAUAAUAUAAAUGACAUAUUUUAUUUAAACUGAAGUUUAUGGAAAUUGUCAUAUACAAACUUGACAUAAGUUAAUGCAGAUGAACUUGACUUAUAAUACUUUUAACAUUCAUUAAGUAUUAUAUAACUCACCUUAAAAUAGUGAUAAGCUCAAAAGAAAAGAAUGGAAAAAACAUAUUUAUAUUUUAUAAACCUAUAUAAAAUAUAUGUACACAGUGUAUAUAUAUAAAAUGUCUGUGUAUACAUGCAUAUGUACUAUUUUAGAUCUAUAACAAAUAAGCUAUUCUGAUGAUAAUUUUAAAAUGAAGUAUUCAUUAAUAAUUUUUUGGUGUAUUCAAAACUAUUAUUAUACUAGGUAAUAGAUACAUGAUUAGCAAGAGAGUUUUAUUGAAUCUCUUAUUUGCUUGAUCUUUUUUAUUUUAUGAUGAUAAAUUUUAUCUUAUGAAUUAUAUUGACAAAUUUUGAAGACAUGACAAGUGUUGGCAUAACUUUGUUUUAUUGCAUAUAUAAGUUAAUUCAUUUUAUAUUCUGUGUUUUAUCCUUUUCAGACAGAAUUCAAAAUUAUUUGAUUCAUAAUAAUGCUCAUAAAAAUUUUUCUUUUAUUUAGUAUUUUUUAUUUGAUUUUUUUAACAAUGUAUGAUAAAGUGUAAAUUCAAUUUAAUAAUAGUUUAAUGUUUAUUAUUUCAAGAUGGAAAAGUAAGAUGUGUUUUUCCAUUAUAUUAACAUUAUUUAACAAUAAACUUUUCCACUUAUGUUUAGUUUGAAGGUCAGAACAUUACAUUUAAUGUAUAAUUUUUAUUCCAUAAUUUUUUACUUCUUUUUCUUUUCAACCUCAGAUUUGAUGCAUCCAUUCAAAAGGAAAUGUAGUGAAUGAUUAGUAGACAAUUUAAGUUAGCAAAUAUAUCUUUACACUUUGUUACAUUGUUUCAACAUUAACAAUUUUAGCUAUUUUUUGACUAAGAAUGAUUUUUCAAACUUUUUAAUUUAAAAAUUUGAAAAUGUUAAAAGCUUAUUUGAAGAUGAAAUAAUAAUUAAAAAAUUUUUAAUGAUUAAA